UUACCUUUACCUUAUCAUGAAUUGAGCAAACGAAUGAUCCACAAAAGCCCAAACGACACACUCUCAUCUUUGCACUCUGUUGCCUAUAAAUAACACCACCAGUCAUUCUUCUUCACUCUGCUCUUCUUCUGAUAACCAACAAAAACAACAAAACUUUGUUAUUACUUAAAUUAUAACCCAAUUGGCCGAUUGCCCUGACUGCUGAGGGAGAGAGGGAGAGAGGGAGAGAGGGAGAGAGAGGGAGAAACAACGUCCUAAUAUGGCGUCAGAUGAAAGUAUGACCAUCCGCUCUUGCAUCUCCAUGCAGGAAGACGAGUACGACGAUGAUACGACGGAUGAUGGAUAUGAUCACCAUCCCCAUCUCCACAACUUGUCCAGGCUGUCUAUGUGUACUAGUAGGAGUUCCACCUAUGGUGCUCCUGAUCAGGAUGAAAUUGAUGAUGAUGUUGAUGGUAACUACUUCUACCAAGGCCAACAUCAUGAUCAAGAUCAUGAUGCCCAAGAGCAGAGUGGCAUGAGUAUGUACAUGUCACUCUUGUCCAUGGAAAGCUUUGACGCGGAUGUAGACGACGAGGAAACAUUAUCAUCCAAUGAUAAACGAACCAAACAAGUACUACUGGAAGCUGGGCUGUCAUCCGACUCCGACAAGGAACCCGGCUGCUGUUACUCGCUUCCAGCAACACCCCCAAGACCAAGGACUCAGGCUAGUGCUCCAGGUGGAAUGUUCCAUUAUAAGCAUCCCAAUCCCAUGUUGGUCAAAGAGUAUGCCAGCGAGAACGAAGCUCAAACGCUGAUGAGCGGCGAUUCCAAGAAGAGGAGCAGGAGGAGAAGUAGGAGGAGAAUCUCAUCAGACAACAAGGAGAACAUGAAUAUGAUGAUGAGGAUGGGUAGUAAUCAGCUUGACCAUUGUCAUAGCUUUAGUGGGGAGAGUGAGGGUGGCUCUGGUACAGGGCUGGUGGUGAUAACAAGGCCCAAAGGAGGGAGGAGGUCCCUGUGCAUGGACUUGGAGGAAGUCAAGGCUUGCAGAGAUCUUGGAUUUGAGUUGGAGCACCAGCACAUGCUGCAGGAGAUGCCCUCUCGUCUUUCUCUCUCCGCCCCAACCCCUACUCUCACUGUCGAUACCAACACUACCUGCAGUAGCGGUGGCAAUUCCCCCAUCGCUAACUGGCGCAUCUCCAGCCCUGGUGACGACCCACGGGAUGUCAAGGCUCGCCUCAAGGUCUGGGCGCAGGCAGUGGCACUGGCAUCCACAUCAAGACAAGGCAGCGGAGCCGACUAAUUCACAAAAGACCAUCUAUUCUAUUCUCUCUGCAUUUGGUUUUUUUUUUAUGUACUUCUGACACGCGCAUCGGAUGUCGGGGAGAGUUCCAAGUGUGGGGAUUGAACAGAGUAUAGUAGCUUUUGCAUUUUCGUUUCCACUACUAAGCACAUUUUUCUUUCUUUUGUCUGGCUUUUGGGUAGAUUUUGCCAUUUACUUUUUCCCUAGGAGAGUUCGUAUAUCUGGUUGACGAUCCAUUAUCUCUAUUGAGUUAGACUAUAUUUCACCCGUACCUCCGCAGCUUCUCAACAUUGUAAAUAUAACAUAACCGAUUAUUUUUUUCAUGAUGAUAGACUUACAAUCACACUUCAUUA